AUGAGCGGCGCUGCCAAUGAUGAUGAAAAGCACUGGACAGAAGCUGCCUCCAUGGUCAAAGUACCAGGAACCAACCUACAUGGCCAAUCUUGCAUCACUGCAUCACUGAUGGGUCAAGUCAAGUCACCUCCUCAACAAGCCCCAAGACCGGUGUGGAUCACUUGCAAAACACCUGGGAUGGACCGUCAAAGGAUAAAAACGACGGACUGUGCAACGAUCAUUCAGCGGAAGCCAUUCACACUACUUUCGUGGAGGUUUAAGCUCGCUGCCCAAUUGCCGGCGUCCGGGGCACCUCCUAGCGCACUUGUAGGGUCCACUAUCACGCCCCUCUACCAUUCUCGUGGGCACCUUCCAUGCAUCUGUCGCCCAUUAUCAGAGGCUCAGGCGCUGCCUGCUUUCACCUCCGCGCUCGCUCUCGCCAAGGGCAUUGUUUCUCACCAAGCCAUCCCUUCCGUGGUCCCCGGUCCUGGCGAAGAGCUACCCCAUAUUUUUGAGCUGUUGCUCUGUCAAUCAUCCUCACACCUCCUUCUCGCGCCCCUUGGAUCCGACCAUAGUCGGUUACCCUCCCUCUCUUAUCUUCGACCGUCUGAGAGCCGGAGCAUUCAAGAGGGAGGGAAAGAUCGUCCAUGUUACGCUCCACGAAAUCUAUCCCUCGGUGGAGUGCAGGAGCAUAUGUCGAAACGGCCACAUGCAUCAGACUUUCCGUCCGGCAGUCCGUCCCGCCGCGUACGCAAAACUGUCGCGACAGCCGAGUUAUCUCCCCGGAGCCGCAAUGAUGGGACAAUUGAACUCCUAGAACCACCACCAACUAGGGACAGUGGCCCUGCACCGCAGCCUGGGAGGACGGGCUCCCCAGAUCCUGCAUGGAGAACGCCAACCACCCGAUCCAUAGGGAUGCAUGCCAUUCUUAAUCCUUCCCAUACCCUGGCUACGGGACAUUCUGUCCAGCAGGCCAAUCGCGAUAUUGUCGGAGCUACGCCAUCGACAUCCCCCUCUCCAUCGACUAAUCCGCACGUAACACCAUCCUCUGCGGGAUUAACACCCCAAUCGGACCGUUCAAUAUCACAACAUGAUCGCACGAUAUAUUCCCCCCUUCCUCAACGUCAUAUACUUACGGCAAAAUCGCCUGGAGCCCGCGCUGCAAGUAUUGGGGCUUCUUACGGCCCUGCCCGUGGAACUAUGGCUGUGGAGAACAAUCCAUUCCUUCCUACCCAACAACUAUAUGGAGACCCCACCAUGCGGCCAACAAUGGAGGCUCCUCUGUCAAUGAGAUAUUCCAUAUCCCAUCCAUCUAUUCCUCCGACUACACUCCCUAUUGAUCCGCGGCCCAUAACUGGACGACAAUCAUCUGGCCCCCAAACGACAGCCCCAGGUACAUCCAAUACAGCAUAUAGUCCUUUAAUCCAAGGUUCGCAUGUUCCGGCAUCUACCAAUUUGCUUCAACAGCCGGUUACUUCACUAUCUCAGUCUGCAGGAAUCUCAUUUACUGGUGAAGAAAACCGAAGUAGAACGCCACACGAGGGCGGAUCUAGUUACGCGUUUGUUGGCGGACAGAAUAAAUUUGCUUCACCCAGGGAUAUUCAGUCACGAUUGAGCGUGCCAGUGGAUUUUGAUUCUGGGUCACGAAAGGCAGCAGAGAAACGACUAAAGAAUAGCGAUGCUUCCAAGAGGUUCAGGGAGAGAAAAAAGGUUAAUGAGAAGGAAAUGAAACAGGAAGUGGAAAGACAAAAGGACGACAUCAAAUUUUUGACUGAAGAGAGAGACUUCUACCGCGUGGAGCGGGACUUUUUCAGAACACUUUACGACAGAGAGAUUGGCUUACAUCGUAUCCCACCGAGACCCACGUCCCCCCGGCUUCGCCAGUCGUCUGCCCCGGUUUCUGAAUCAGAAAGUGAACAGCCGUUGCAAGAUCGCCUGGAGCGACCAGGCGGUGAGAGACAUGUACGCCAGAGGACAAGUUCUGCGCCAACUAGGCUGCCUUUACCUCCCAUGUCACCAGCCCAAUCGAACCCGUACCCCUCCUCAUGGAGCACCUCAGCUUCAGUUACGCCCAUUUCUCAAACAGCGCGAUCCGGUCCGCAGUCCCACUAUCCCGCGGCUUGCGUUCCUCCUGAUGCUUCCUUGCCUCCUAUACAAUCCCCAAGAGAGCCGCCGGAGAGGAGCUGGAAUACUGGUCCUUAG